AUGCCUUCGUUACUUUCCGUCCUCGAACAUAACGCCUCAUUGUCAGCAAGGAAAGCAGGGUUCGUAGCCGUGUUUGCCGGAGCCACCAGUGGCAUUGGCCUCGCUACCCUCAAAGUUCUCACCGUCAGUCUUGUGUCACCGCGCUUCUACGUAAUCGGUCGAUCGAAAGCCAGUUUUGCCCUUCACAUCGUCGCCUUGCGACGGAGUAACCCCUCAGUCAGCAUCCAUUUCAUUGAGACCGAGAUAGCGCUCCUCCGGAAUGUCAUUGCCGUCUGUGAGAACAUCAUACGACGUGAGCCCCAUGUAGACUUGCUUUACAUGAGUCCAGGAUCGUUGGCCUUUGGGGGACCACAUUAUACAGAAGAGCGCCUUGACAUUUGCUUCGCUCUGUCCCACUACAUCCGCAUCCGAUUGAUCCAGGGACUCAUGUCUAGCCUCUUGAGAGCCAACGAACCCCGCAUUGUCUCUGUCUUGGCCGGUGGGCACGAAAAGCCACUCUUCACUGAAGGAGGCGACUUGGGACUUCGGCUGGAGGGGAAUUACACCGCGCCAAGAGCUGUUGACCAAGUCACCACUAUUCACAGCCUUGCUCUCAUGUUUCUCGCCAAGACCCAUCCUAGGAUCUCGUUCCUUCACGUCUAUUCUGGUUGGGUUUCUACGAGCUUCCUAUCUAAUCUCUUGGGUAGUGGAGGUGUCCUUGGCAGAAUGGUUGAGGCGGUAGUUGGUCCCCUUUAUCAAAUGGUUGCUAUGAGUGAAGACGAGUGUGGGCAAAGACAGGCUUUCAACGCGACCAGCGAGCGAUAUCCCAGCCGUGACAUGAUUUUGCGUGCCAAGAUCAAUGUUAAUGAUCAAGCUUUAUGCCACGGACCGUGUAGUGGCUUUUAUCUGGUGCGGGCAGACGGAAGCACAUCUUCUCGCAAUGAGGUUCUGGAGACUUUAACGUGCGAUGAUGGUUGGAUGCAGAAAGUCAUGGAUUACACUGGAAAUGUUGUCAUGGAAGCAGGAGGUAAAUAG